UCCUCUGCUUUCUCCAAUGCACAUGUCUUCUUCACAUUCAACAUCACUGUUUUUGUUAUUGUACUCUUUCUCUUCCUCUCUCUCCCUCUCUCUCUAUUUCCGCCUUUGUGGUCCUUUUCUUGCCCUUUAAAUCUCUCUUAUCGCUUCUCCAUUUCUCUUCAUCUCCACUUGCAUCUCUAGUUCUCUCUUCUCCAGUGCUCUUAAUUCCUCUCCACUCCUUUCCUCUUUGCCAAUAUAUACCUAUAUUUCUUCUUCAAAGUUCCUCUCAUUUGCAAGUAUAGACAUUUCCUUGAAAAGAAAGUAUUAUUCUAGCGCUAGAUAUAGCUACAAGUUUGAAGUACGUGCGUUCAGACAUAAAGACCUUAGUGUUCGAGGAUGUCUAGCAGAAGGUCGAGUCAGUCUGGAGUUUCAAGGAUCAGUGAUGAUCAGAUCAUUGAACUUGUCUCCAAGCUACGUCAACUUCUACCAGAGAUUCGAAACAGGCGAUCUGAUAAGGUAUCGGCUUCGAAGGUCCUACAGGAAACCUGCAACUACAUAAGGAACUUGCACAAAGAAGUGGACGACCUGAGUGAGAGACUGUCCCAGCUUCUGUCCACAAUUGAUGCUGAUAGCGCUGAGGCAGCGAUUAUUAGGAGCCUAAUUAUGUAGUACUAUAUAUGCUGCAUGCUUAAGUAGUAACUUUCUGUCUUUUUUUUUUUUAUCCUUUUAUCUUUUUUCAUCAAGUAGUCUUUCUUACAAUUAAUUACGAGGUUUGGAUCACUAAAGGAUAAUCAGAUCAGAAAAGAAUUUAAUAGAUUAUAUAGCUUUUAAGAAUGUGUAAUGCCAUGUGGGUUGAUUUGGACAAUGUAAAGUUUGUAUUAAUUAAGGGGUACUUGCACUAGCAUAAAGCCCUCUUAUUAUCUUAUACUUAGAUUUUCUAUCAUAUGGAGAUAUACUCAUUCAGGGUGUGCUUGGCAUGCCUU